GGAAAUUUAAAUCACUUUAUUGAAACCUUUUCGAGAAGUAGUCUCAGUAGAGUCAUUUUAGAGUGUGAUUACGUGAUCAAAGAAAUGAAAUGUACGAUUUUAAUGUAGUUUAGGGUUGCUGUUACACUUGCAGGGAGAUGGCUGUUGAGACACGUGCAGAAAGCACGGAUUUUGCACGGAUGCACAAUGAACUUCCAUGCAGGUCCCAGCAAAUUGACUCGCUUCUUGGUUUAUUUGGAGAGCCUUCACACUGGACCUACCCGAGUCUAUUUAUCUACGGACAUACUGCAACUGGGAAAACCUUGGUCGUCACGGCUCUGCUACAGACUCUGCGGGUUCCUCACGCAGUUUUGAAUUGCAUCGAAUGUUACUCGCAACGAAAUCUGUUUGAAGGCAUUCUAAACCAACUCUCCAGCUAUGUACCCGGCCCCGACAACGGUUACAGCGCCCUCUACAGGUGUGACAACGUCAAUGAUUUCAUACGUCUCUUGAGGAAGGUCAUUGAAACGGAAAAAUUUGAUAAAGAAACGGUCUAUAUUGUAUUGGAUAAGGCAGACAGACUAAGAGGUUUAGAUCUCACGCUCCUCCCUGCACUGGUUCGACUUCAGGAGCUGACAGGGAACAACGUGUGUGUGGUGUUCAUCAGUGAACUGGUCUGGGAGAAGUUCCGAUGCGGAACGGGUUUGGUGGAACCGUACCAGAUCCACUUUCCAAACUACAGUAGAGCGGAGUUGGUUGAGAUCUUGAGUCUCGAUUGUCCGUCGGAGUACGGAACAGACUUCUACAGGAACUACGUGAACAUGCUGCUGGGUGUGUUCCACCUCGCAUGCCGAGAUCUCAACGAACUGCGCUACCUGGCGCAGCUGAACUUUGCUCGGUAUCGUAAGCCGGUGGACAGGGGAGAGGCGACGGAACAGGACGUGAGGAAGCUGUGGAAGAACAUAGAGCCACAUCUGAAGACGGCCAUCGAUAGCAUCUACCUGAGAGAGGUGUCCAGUUCUCAGUGGGAGAGAAUGCAGAGCCAGACAGCUGAUGAGGAGACGAUCGAUGGAGAUCUAUCUCAGCUGCCCCAGACUCUCGCUCCGCGUGCCAGCGUAGAGCUGCCCUACUACUCCAAGUUCCUGCUCAUAGCUGCCUACCUCGCCUCAUACAACCCGGCUAAGAGCGAUCGGAGAUUCUUCUCCAAGGGCCGCGUGAAACGCACGAAGCAGACCAAGGGAAAGAAGACGGCGAGCAGUCAGCUGCUUGGACCGAAGAUAUUUGCAUUGAACAGACUGUUGGCGAUCUUCUACGCGAUCGGAGAUGAACGCAUCGUGCCGACCGCCAACAUCUUCACUCAGGUGUCGUCGCUGGUCACGCUAAAGCUGCUGGCGCAGGCGAGCGGGGAUGAGCAGAUCGACGGAGCGAAGUAUCGAUGUCUCGUCUCCCUAGACUUCAUACGAUCGAUCGGACGCAGCGUCAGAUUCAACGUGCUCCGAUACCUCUACGACUUCAUAUAGAGAGGGCGCCACCGCGCACGCGACGAUAGCAGGGCGGAGCGUACGAUACCUGUACGACUUCAUAUAGAGAGGGCGCCACCGCACACACGUGACGUUGUGAGAUUUCGACGUGCUAUGCUAAUUGUACGACUUCAUGGGGACACAGUAGCGAUUCACGUCUGUUGCUGUGAUCCCAUUAAAAGUGGCCAUAGUUGUGUAUUUUUUUACAAUGUUUCUAUUUUUAUACACAAAUGAUAGUAAUAAAAAUGAAAUGUUAUAAAACGUCAAA